UUUCAAGCGGGCCGACGAUGGAAGCCGACGCGCUGGGCGAACUGACCUGCCUCCCCGACGACGCCUUCCCGCCGACGGUCGCCGAGGUGAGCCCUUCCUUGUCGCUAUUGCCGCCGCCAGCAGCGGCGAGUCUGCCGCCGCGCAUCGAGAAUGCCGACGAUAUCCUCUCGGACUUGCCGUCGCUCGGGCGGCUGCUCGUGACCGAUGACGACACGGCGACCGAGACACGGCAGAACCGGUACCGCAAGCGGCAAAAGGACGAACGCGACUACCUUCGCGAGCAAGUUGAGACGCUCACGUCGCAGCUACAGAUCCUCCGCCAGGUCAAGUCGGUCGAGCUCGCGACGAGUUCGACGUGGAAAAAGGCGGCCCAGAGCCAGCGCACAUUCGCGUGCGAAGCCACCAUGGAAAACAAGCGCCUCAAGCGUGCGCUCGAGGACCAGCUCAAGCUCGCGACGGCCCUCGACCAGCUCCUCGUCAAGCGGCCCCGAUUGCUCAGCUUUCCGACCAUCGACGUUGUCGACUGGAAGCUGCGCAAGAUGCCAUCGGACCCGCGAGCGCGUGAAGCGACGUUCCACGCGAUGAUGGACCACGCGUACAGCCAAGUCGACUCAAUCUUGCUCCAGAAAGGCCUUCUCGACGCACCUGACGGGCACAAUUCCAUUGCGCUCGAGACCAACGAGACGGACGAUUCGAUCGUUCUCGACGUGCAAAGCGUGAGCAUUCUGAACAUGGACUAUGUGGCGAGUGCUGACAAGUACUGGUCGCUGUGGUGCGAAGCCAGUGACCGCGGCAGCAUUCCGUUCAUCAACAUCCACAUUCUCGACCGGUAUGGCGACGACGCAGCGUAUGUGCAAGACAUUGGGUACCUCAGCCAUGGAUCGCCGUACCUCUUUAUGCUCUGCGGCAUGAAGCGGGUGGUUGAGAAAGACCGCGUCGUGAUCGUGAUGCGCACGUUUCUCGAAGACGCACUGCAUUCGCCGCCGCCCGGGCUCUACAUUGGCAACCACACGGCGAUAUUUGUGGUCGAGCGACUGCCGGACGGAAAAUGUUGUCGCCGCAUGUGCAUGCUCGGGCAGCUCCCGAUCCAGCCACCCGGUGAGAGCCCGCUCUCGAAGCACCCGCCGCUCAUGGUGUGCGACUACAUUCUCAAGCACACGACGCAGACGUCGCAUUUGAUUCAAGAUAUUUUGGAGUGAAUCACACAAGACAUAAACAACAAAUUAUGGGUUUUCGUUGCUCU